GUUUUGACUUUUAUUAUUUUACAGACACUGCGGACCACAAAAGAGAGCCGCAGAGGCAGAGAGAUUCCUCAACGAGGAUGCAAAAAAAGCCGCAGAAGGCUAACUUUUGCUUUGAAAAUGUCAGCAACCCACACCCACCAAACGACAACUACCCUUUGACAUGUCAAAAAACAAACGUAUAAUGAAACGAUACCGUUGCCCUUUGAACAAUAAACAAAAGAAAAGAUACCCAACAAACCAUGCACUUUCUCUUUCUCUCAUGUCGAGAUUUGUGUGUUUCCCGGGACUUUAAUCCCGAAUCCAAAGCCAAAACCAAAACCAAAGCAGAAACAUCAAACAUUAGUCAACUUCCGUUGUCUCUUGUAGAAUUGUUCCCCCACGUGUGGCGCCGUGUAAUCUUUGUGUGGUGUCAACGAAAGCCGCUCCAACGCCACCAAAAAGCCCUUCCCAGGAAACUUCCUACCUCUCUUCCUCCCUACUCCUUGCCUCGCUUUCUCUUUUACCCUUUUGUUUUUUUUGGGGCUUCUUUAAGAACCCCAAAGAUCCACCCAACCUCUUAUCUGUUUUCACUCUCCCUCUUCUUUCCAUUCGCUUAGCAGUUGCAGUUGCGGUAGCAGGUAUCUUCUUCUUCUUCUUCUUCUUCUUCUUCAGUUUGUGUUUUGUGAUUUUUAUUUUCUGGGCACUCCGACGACUUAAUGUUUUUCCCUUUCUUGGAUAUUUGUGUUGGCUUUGUGUUUGUGUAAAUGUGACUUUUUUGCUGGAUUCAUCAAUCUUUUGUUUUAUUUAUUUAUUUCUAACCCGACAUUCUUUUAGCUGUAUUUACUCCUAGAUAUUAUAUUUCGAUUAUUUUUUCAUUUUUUUUUUCUCUGAUUUUGGAGGACCAGAGUGUUGCUACAAUGUCAAGAUUCAUUUAUGGGGGUGGAGAUGCUGCUAUUCAAUUGCCCUCAACCCAUUAAUUUCAUCCUCUCUAAUACAAAAAUUUCAUUUAUUGUCCCUCUGUACUGUGCUUUUCUCCAAGACAAAAAAUUUCAUCUCUGUCUUGAAUAAUUUACCUGUCUUGUUGUGCCCUAUUUCCCAUUCACCUCUAUCAACCUGUGGCUUUGGUUGCUUUUACUUCUCUCCAACUGUCCUCAGACAGAAUCAGGAGACAGAACUUCUUGGUCAUUACCCACUACAUUGUUAUUUUUUCUUUCUUCUUUUCCCUAUUUUUUUUCCCAUGUGAAUUGUUUCGUUUAAUCACAUAAGUAUCAGAGAUAGAGAGGAGAAAAUUGGGAAAGAAGAUAAAUUAAAUGACUAAAUUCAUCAAUUCUUAUCGCUUUUGAGACAAGAGUUUAUUUUUCACGACUUUCUAUUUAAUGGAGUAUGGUGAUUGCAAGUCUUCAAGAAUUACUGGGAAGAGAAAGUCACAAGAGGAAGAUGGUAUUUUGAGCUUCUCUAUGGAUGAUCUCAAUCAAGACGUUCUUGAAAGGCUCCUUUCAUGGCUUCCAACAUCCACAUUUUUCCGCCUUAAUUCAGUGUGCAAAAGAUGGAAAUCAGUUGCAGCUUCUGCAGGUUUCAAGCUAGCCUGCUCUCAUGUUCCUUCACGUGAUCCAUGGUUUUUUAUGGUCAAUCCCCAUAUCAACCAGUCAAUAAUCUUUGACUCUGCUGAUAGAAGUUGGAAGAAACUUCAUCAUCCACCUCUCCUCAAGAAACACUCCAACCACAAUUCCAUGCCAGUUGCAACCUCUGGCGGCUUGGUCUGUUUCCGCAAUGUAACCGGUAACUUCAUUAUAUGUAAUCUUGUGACAGGAUCUUGCAGAGAACUCCCUCCACUGGAUCCAACCCAACGAAAUCAAACUCUUCAUGCCAUUGUGAUGAACACAUCUUCAGAAUACCCCAGCUCUUAUAAGCUUAUGUUAAUCUCUGGUGAACUUCCAAAACUCUCCUGUAUUGUCUAUAACUCAAGCAUUGGUUGCUGGGAGGAGGAGAUUGCAUUAAGCCGAAAGGUUGACGAUUCUCUGGGAUUCGACUUAAAUGAUGACAAUGCUGUGUAUUUCCUUAAUAAGGCUGGAAAUGUUGUGGCAACUAACAUGCAGAGAAGCCCAUCUAAGCAAUACUCAUCAGUUAUUACUAAUAACAAUGGUGAGGAGACUGUCUACUUCCUUAGCUCCUCAGGGAAGGUUGUCGUUUGCAAUCUGACCCAGAAGCGCUUCUUCGAGUACCCCGGGUUAUUGCCUGUAUAUUCUGAGUACUCCAUUGAUAUGGUAGAAUGUGGAGGGGAAAUGCUAGUUGUUCUGCUAUCAGAAUUUCUUGAAAGUGCAAGCCUCAGGGUGUGGAGGUAUGAUGAGGAGAUUCGGUCAUGGCAGCAGAUUGCAGCAAUGCCUCCAGCAAUGUCACAUGAGUGGUUUGGCAAGAAGGUGGAUAUAAACUGUGUUGGGGCCGGUCACCGGAUAUUGAUUUGCUCAAACUCCGGCGAGCUAUUUAGUUAUGUUCUUUGUGAUUUGGUCACUAAUGAAUGGGUUGAAUUGCCCAAAUGUUGUAUGAAUGGUGAAGCCAUAGAAUUCAUGUCUGCCUUCUCAUUUGAGCCCAGGAUUGAGGCUUCUGUAUGAGAACAAAAUGAUUGGGUGUGUGGAUUGAGGAAUGCCAUCUUUUAAUUUCCAUUUUUUGUUUUCUGUAACAUGUGUUUAGAAUCAUUUUUAUUAAAUUUAUUUGAUUUGAUU